AUGGAUUCAUCAGGCACUGGUGAGUCGGACACUACGGGUCCUAUGCCCAUCGUAUCAGACGACCGAGAGUCAUCGGAGCAUAAGGUACACACUUCAGAUGUUACCAGCACGGAUGAGGAUGAUUUCCAGCCAUUCGCGCUACCCGAUGUUGACGCCGAGCCCGCUGAUGGCCCUUUUGCCGGGGAUUUGCCGCUCGUAGAGAUCCCUGCCCCCAUACCUCUUGCCUCUUAUCCUGUUCUUGAUAUGCUUCUUGACGUCGACGCUGAUGAUGAUCUCGAUUUGUUUGACGACGAGCCCCUGGAGGAUGAUAUUGAGGGCGAGGCCCUUAUAGCUGCCGACGACCCCUUGCUGCUUGCAGAUGCUCCUGCUGAGGAGUCACCUGCUGAUGCCCCUCUCAUCGAUGACGUACCCGCUGAGCCUGUUGAUGUCGCUCCUCUUCCUGAUCCUGUUCCCUUGGAGCCCGAUCAUGCGCUAUUCGCAACCCAUAUUGAUCCCCGUUAUGCGCACACCCAGAAUGGGUGGAUUAAUGCUGAUGAUGAGCUCCCGCCUUUUCCCCCUCAUACCACCGAUGCACGUCACAUGGAUUUCCCUUUUUCGUUCGCUCAGUUCACACCUCCAGCACGACCUAGAGAGGGUUCCUCGACUCAUCCCUUCGGCCAUGUGCCGACAUCUGUCCCAGUUAUACCACAGUUUUCUACUGCUAUUCCCCCUGUUCCACCACUUUCUGUGCCACCUUUUACCCCAGCGAGUGAGCCAUUCCUUUGGGCGUCACCACCUAUCAUGCCACCAUCCGAUCCCUACCAUCCUUUUCAUAUGGGAUAUUCUAUUGAGGACAUUCUUAUGUCCCCUUAG